UUUUUCUUUCAACGUAGCUAAAUAACAUCAAUCCUUUUAUUCCCAUAUGAUACGACCGCACCGCAAUAAAAAUAAUUGCAUUUAAAAAUUUAACAACAAAACCUACUUAAUUCGAUGCCAACUUCUUUUGACAAAUGUCACUAAAUAAGGAAGAACACAAUUCCCGGAACUUAAAAAUGGGUGAUAAAUCGAUUUUGACAAAAGGCCAGGAACUCAGCGUUACUGAUCAGCUGAUAUCUGAAUUAUUAUUGAGUCCAAACAGCCCAGCUAAAUCUUGCCAAUCACCGUCAGGCACCGAACCUCAAAGGGAUUAUUUUUUUUCCAGAUUACCUUGGAGAAAAAAAGUUGGCAACAGUAAAUCCAAAAAUACAGUUCAAAUUGAGAGGGGUAGCGAUGAAAAUGGCUCCAACGAAAACAACGCGGGAAGGAUGGGAUUGGAUUCUAAUGCGAUUGCGGAGUCUCCUCCUCCCAUGAUUUCCAAAGAUUUUGGAAGGGUAGUGGACUUUGACACUGUGGAAGAUCCGGCAUUGGGCACUGUUUCUACCAAAUCAUUUCAAGAUAAUUAUGAAGCAGCUAUCCAAUCAUUCGAUUCUUCUACCCCGCAUUCCUUAAAUAAUGACGAAUAUAUGACAACCGAACAACCCAACAUGCUUCGCGACUCUGGACAAAUUCGAAAAAGAAAAUAUCACGUGACAAAAGGGCUAAAAAAAUCCAAAACUACCGAUUUGACCAAUCAGGAGUCAUUACAUUUUCCGAUGUCACGUUUGGGGACUUUAGAUCAAGUAGACGAUAUUUCGCCUCCCGUGACGCUUUUGAGUCAUAAUCGCAAGGAGUCGUCCGAUCGUUUUAAAAAAUCUGGUGGUGCUCAUAGCGUAAAUAUGCCCGCCGUAAGUAGGAGGCGUAUCAGUAGCCAGCAAUAUUCCUUGACCAACCCUUUGAAUCUUUCCCUCGUGAAUCCUUCGAAUGCUCCUCAUCCCGGGCAAUAUGAUAUGACGCCUAGUGCUGGACCUCGCAAGCUUUUCGUCCAACUCGAUGAGUAUUGCGCGGACGAGUACGGGCUGACGGGUCGCCAUUAUUGGAAAGAGAUCGCCCGAUGGAUCAAAUACGAGGAGGACCUGGAGGAAAGUUCUAGUCGGUGGGGGAGGCCUCACGUGCCGAUACUUUCGUUCCACGGGCUUGCUGAGCUCAGGAAGAGGCUCGAAAUCGGGAGCAUAAUGCUGGACCUGGAAGAAACGGAUUUUAUGGAUAUCAUGCGACGGAUUUGCCGCGAAUUAAGGGACGAUGGUCACAUACGAACCGAGGAAAUGGAGCCUUUGCUCAAUUGUUUGACCAAACCUCACAAACACUACAAUAAGAAGAAAUCGAUUCUGCCGGACCCUAAGAGAUCUUUGCAAUACAUUUCCUCCAAAAUAUCGAUGUCAAAAAUUACUACGCGAAACGAAACUAAGGAAAGGGAAUAUUUAGGGCGCGAAAACGCAUCCUUCAUAGGUCCGAACACUGAUCGCGAUCAUAAUCCAGAUGUGAAUCACCCCGAGACAUCCGUCAAUAAUUUGACCCGUCAACCCGUUUCUAUCAAAUUUUCGAAACCGUUAUCGUCAUCAAUCCCUCCUGGUUCGUCUCAACCCACUUCUUCCUCACUCAUUUCCCGGCUUCUUAAUUCCUUUCAAGAUCGCCACCCUAGAUGGUUUUCCUCCGAUGCGCAGAGCAAGCAAAGCUCGCGCGAUAAUGUUCCUUAUCCCGAUUAUCCCCGUGAAUCCGCCAUAGUCAUGAUCGGAUUGGCGCGCUUUCUGGCCUCCACCAAUAACAACCAAAUUACGGCUUUCGUUAGACUCAAAAAUCCCGUGCUUUUCCCGACAGGAAUUUUGGAAAACUCGCAAAUUCCCGUCCGAUUUCUUUUUGUCAUUUUAGGUGGGGGACCUGUCAAGGUUUUCGGUGAUCCCUCCAAAAUAAAGAAUGACCCGGAAGUAGCUAUAACCGCCAAUCCAGAUGCCCAGCUCACGAAAGAUGACGAUGCCUUAUAUUAUAGAGAGCUCGGAAGGGCUUUUGCUACGCUGUUGUCGAACGAGGUAUUUAACGAGAUAGCUUACCGGGCGCGGUCUUGCAAGGAUUUAACCUCUGGCUUCAAUAGCUUCCUCAAGAAUUCUAUAGUACUUCCGCCCGGCGAAUUCGGCCGUUCAACUCUCAUGCCCAUAACCCACCUUUAUAAAGAACAACUUAACCGUAAAAGGGUUCACAAGGAUCAAAUGGAAUGGGCCAAAAAUAAAGGAUUGAGCAAAAAGAUGGAGGGUAAAAUGCCUUCUAAGGACGACGAUUCCCUGCCUUCAUGCCGAGGCCUUUGUUCUCCGCCUUUCGCCGGGUUGAUCGCCGAUUAUAAACGCAAGUUGCCCUUUUAUGCCAGCGAUUUCACCAGCGCUUUCAAGCUUCAAUGCGUCUCGACCUUCCUAUUCAUUUACUUUGCGUGCCUGUCCCCGUGUAUCACAUUCGGUGGCAUAUUAAGUACCAAUACCGAAAAUUGGAUGGGCGUGUCCGAGAUGAUGAUGGCCACGGCUCUGGGAGGCUGCAUUUUUGCCCUAUUCAGCGGACAGCCGCUGACCAUUAUCGGUGCCACCGGGCCUAUAUUAAUCUUCGAAAACAGUUUAUACAAGUUUAGCAUUCAAAAUCGCCUGAACUACUUAUCUUUUCGCGUAUGGGUGGCGAUGUGGGUUUUCAUUAUAACUCUCAUUUUUUUGGCGGUCCAAGGCGGCUACUUGAUCAAAUACCUCACCCGAUUUAUACAGGAAAUAUUUUCGAUCAUCAUCUCAUUCAUUUACAUCUACGAAACUUUCACCAAUUUGAUCAUGAUGUUCCGACAACAUCCUCUUCUUCCUGAUUAUUGUCACCUCAACAUAACCAUAGACCCCUCUUUGGACGGAGGCAAAUCGACCCUAGAUUUUUUCUCCUUUUUCUUUCCCAGAAUUCCACCCUCUGCCCUGACCUCUCACACUACGGCGAUCAACGAGAAUUUCGAAAGGUUUAGGUAUCCAGUUGACACGGGGAGUGUUGGUAAUGUGUCGCGCGCUAACGGUUACGUGUACAAGAUCCCUUACUACGAGCUACGCUUCCCAUCCGAUUACAGCUUGGUAGAGUUGGGUGCUGGCAAGCAUCUGCAAUUUGAAUCAUAUGUGUCACGGUUCUCCGUUACUCGGCCUAACACGGCCCUCUUCUGCACUCUCCUCAUCUUCGGCACAUUUUUUAUCGCCUACUUCCUCAAGGUUUUCCGGAACAGCAAAUUUUUUGGCCGGAAUGCCAGGCGUGCCUUAGCCGAUUUCGGGGUCCCCAUCGCGAUCUUUACGAUGCUGGGUGUCGCUCACCUGGUGGGGCGGAACGUAUACACGCCUAAAUUGAACGUACCUAACUCCCUCACUCCCACGGCUCCUCAUAAAAGGGGUUGGAUCAUUAGACCCCUUCAUGGUGGGGCUACACCACAAUUGCCCUCGGUGGGAGGUAUUAAUGCGCCAACGUUUUAUAACUUCACGGCCCCCAAAGUGGAUCCGUAUGCCGUCCCCGCCUAUUUAUACUCCAACGUUUCCGUACGGUACAUUUUUGUAGCCAUCUUUCCUGCCCUCAUGAUUUUCACGCUACUUUUCCUGGAGGGCAUGAUAACUAGCCAUAUCGUUAACCGCAAAGACAGAAAGUUCAUCAAAGGUGCUGGAUACAACAUGGAUUUGCUCAUACUAGGAAGCCUUCCUUUAUUGCAUUCCUUCCUAGGACUUCCGUUUAUAAGCGGGGCGACCGUUAGAUCUUUAGCCCACGUAUCUAGUCUGACAGUUUAUAGUAGAAAUCACACCCCAGGGGAGUCUCCCGCGAUCAUAGGCGUAUUGGAGCAAAGAGUAACCGCGUUCUCGGUGGCUCUGUGCAUUGGAGUCUCCAUAUUUUUUAGCACCUUUUUACAGAAAAUUCCGAUUGCUAUACUGUUUGGUAUAUUUCUUUAUUUGGGAAUAUCGUCCUUAAAGGGUGUCCAAUUCUUCGACCGUAUUCUCAUAAUAUUGAUGCCCCUUAAACAUUACCCGACUCUAAGUUACGUCCAAAAAACUGGGCUAUUCAAACUUCACUUUUACACCCUCAUCCAAAUCUCGUGCCUGAUCGCGCUCUGGGCGGUUAAAUCCUCGGUGGCCGCCCAGGCAUUUCCUUUUGUCCUCAUAAUUUACAUCCUGAUUCGCUUUCAACUCAAGUGGAUAUACACCCCCGCCGAGUUGUACGAGUUGGAUAAGGAUGAUAUGGACGAUAAUUCUGACGACGAAAUUGACGUGAAUGAAGAAGUCCACAUGCCCAUCUAAUAAAAUAACUUCUUCCGCUCAACAUAAUUUAUUCCUUCCAUUAUUUUUUUUUACAAAUUAUUGGACAAAAUUUAAAGCUCAAAUUAUCUACAUUGUAUUUUUUACCUUACUUUAUGCAGAUUUAUUAAAUUGAUUUUGAACGGGUUUAAUAUUAUAUUAAAAUGCAAUUAUUAUGCCAUUUAUAUAUAUAUAUUUUUUUAAAAACAUAUUUUUAUAAACGUAUUUAUCGUUAAUCAUUGAUUUAUUUAUAUCAGAUUUGUUAAAAAUACAUCCCUCUAUAAAUAUUAAUUUUUUUUUAAAAAUAAAAUCAGAAUUCAUAAAUUUCAAGAAUGUCAAAAUCGUUACUUAUGUAUUUGGAAAUAAAUUAUAAUAGUAGUAUAAAUAUAUAUAUAUCAAAGAAUAAUAAUCCAAAUAUCAACCAUA